AUGAAAUCUCGCCAUUCUGCCUGGCUCGUCCUCACAUUUGGCCAUGUCUUCGUUACGAACCCUCCUCCCCGUCUCGGGGCCAAGCGACCCGUGGCCGUCCUCGCCACGCCCUUUGCGACGACGCCGGUACCCAAGCUCCAGCGGCAAUCUUUGAGGACGUGGAGCUCCACCACAUCGCGACUCCCUCGACGUGUGACGCACACUAUCCUCCGACCCUCGACUCUCCAAACCGCGCGAGGCUUCUCUACCUCUACAAGAUUGUCCCACGGUCACAUUGACCCGCCUAAGCCGGGCGAAGAGAUCUACGUAACUUUUAUCGACAAGGACGGAACCGAAGUCAAGUUGGCAGUUUGCGAGGGCGAUAAUCUGCUGGAUAUUGCCCAGGCGCAUGACCUUGAAAUGGAGGGUGCCUGUGGUGGUUCUUGCGCGUGCUCGACUUGCCACGUCAUCGUGACAGAAGAAGAAUUUUACGACCGAAUGGCCGAGCCGGAUGAUGAUGAGAACGACAUGCUCGAUCUCGCGUUCGGCCUCACAGAGACGAGUAGGCUGGGGUGCCAGGUCAAGAUGACCAAGGAAUUAGACGGUCUUGUCGUCAAGCUGCCGUCCAUGACCCGCAACCUCAAGCCAGUGACUUCAGCUAGGCGGCAACACCUCAGCAUGUCUCGCAUGGUGGUGUGGUUGCAUAGAGGAGCGGGGCGAUUUUUCGAGGACGAUCUCUUUUCCAGCUCGGAAGAAGAGGCAAGGGUGGAGAUUAUACGACUAGGACGGCCGGGCUUCGCGACCAAAUCGACGCAGGGGCCCGGGGAAGAUCGGAGUGUACCAUAA